GGUUUGUGCCAGCUGCACCCACGGUUGCCGAUCCCGCAUUGUGCUGCGCGCACCCCUGGCUUUCACUGCGGGGGAUCCGCCCCGGUCUCGCCGCAGAAAAACACAACCAGUAUUAACAUUUUAACAGGUGGCGAAGCCUUUUUCGGCAUUGCGCACGGCGCUUGACGUCAAUCGGGAAGGAUUUCGGGUUGAUACGUUUCCGAAGCAUGCUUGAGGUGCAAGCGCGCAACAUAUUGCAUUAAAAUGCAUGCAAUUUGUGUUUUAACGUAUGUGCUUUUUCCCACACACGCCUGACUGAGUGGCUAAUGUGUGGUUAAGUAAUCCGGCACUAAUCUUGCAAAUACAGAAUCCAAAUCAGAGUGGUGCAGGGGAUUAAAUGUAGUUUACCUUUAUUCUGAGUCCAACACAUGCCCUGAACAGUACUGUCCUGUAAUGCUCGAUUGGAAAGCUCCACCCAUUCCUUUGACUAGAAUAGUGCGCACCGCAAAAACUCCAAGUUCAAACUUUACUUUCCUCUUAUCCGACAUGGGUCUGAGCCAGCGCAAAGUCUGCCGAGGGGAAUCUCAGGUUUCAAUCCCACUGAUCGCGGACUGCUUCGCCUGGCCAGACCGCGAAAGCGAAAUAAAAACCGUUUACACAGUUAUGCAUUAAUCAGUGCGCGUCUUCUAAGCGGCUUGAAGGUAAAAUCUCUGCUGUCCCCAAAUAAACGCGGACAAUCGACGUGUGACCAAGCUGCCCGCGGUGAUGUCCAGAGCAGACAGGACGAGUGUUUCUCGUGGACGGGACCUCGACCAUCGCAGGUUCACUGUUGAUGGCUGUCCUAGCAGAGAGUCCCCGUUCUCUUUGGAGCUCAGUCCACGGAAGAGGCUGCCUUCGGCGGAGGGAGCCCAGUGCAGCAGGCGACCGCCCCCGGAGGGCGCCGGCGCUGUCACCGUGUCGGAGUCCGGGCAGUUCGAGAGAAGAGGAGGGAAGGGCAGCUUGUGCAAGCAAUGUCAGCUGAAAGUCACGGAACUGAAAAGACAAGCUCUCUCCUUAGCCGACCCUGGGUCACUAAAGGAUCCAGGCUUCGCCACCUUCUUGUUCGAGAAGCUGCAGGCACCCGAGAGCUUUGCAGGGAGGCAUGAGGACACGGCCCGCUGCCAGGCGUGCGCCACCCCGCCGCACCAGCUGAGACAGCAGGCCCUGCAGAUGGUGGUGGCCCUGGCCGACGACGUGCCCGACCUGCCGCCUUUCUCGGGACUGCCGGGGGCCACCCAUGGUGUGCUGGCUCUCUCAUCGCCCCACAACUGGCCACCACCCAAGGCAGGCACAGUACUUCCUGCUGGGGAUCGGUGCCGGGGGCCCGGGUGGAGACCGGGGGGUAUCGACGGACCAAAGUCGGCUGUCCUUGGCUCUGUCACCAUCCAAGCCCGACAGCACUUGGAGGGCAUGUGGAACAUUUCUCGUGUCAACAAUUUCCUUCCGCAACCAGGCCCGAGUCGAGGCCUGGCUGUGGAGGUGGCGAGGGAGAGGACGGGCCCAGAGGUCAUCGGCAUCAAUGGCCCAGUGUCCCCUGCCCUGCUUCAGAGCUCCCCUCUGCGAGAGCAGACUGCACCCACACCUCAAGGCUCUACACCGAGCACCUCUGCCGCUGCCUCCUUCUUCAUAAGGGCAGCUCAGAAGCUCAACCUGUCAUCAAAGCGUAAGAAGCCGCCGGCACCACUGGCCUUGCCACAGGAGCUCUGCAUCUACCCCACCAGCUUCAGCGCAACCCUGCAGCUGUCGCCCCCACCCGCGCCGCCAUGUCUGCUCCGCGGUGUGUCCAAGGUCAAGGACAACCCAGGCAUGGGCAAGGUGAAAGUGAUGGUGCGCAUCUGCCCCUCGACGGAGCCCCCGGAUUCCUCAGAGUCCAUGUCCUUCCUGAAGGUGGAUCCCCGCAAGAAGCAGCUGACCCUUUAUGACCCAUCCCUCAGCACACACUCCAACUCAGGGCCCCGGCGUGCUGUGGUGGCCGCCCCCAAGAUGUUCGCCUUCGAUGCAAUCUUCACCCAGGAUGCCUCCCAGGCGGAGGUAUGUUCGGGGACUGUGGCAGAGGUCAUCCAGUCAGUGGUGAAUGGAGCAGACGGCUGCAUCUUCUGCUUCGGCCACGUCAGACUAGGCAAGACGUACACCAUGAUCGGCAAGGACUCCUCCACCCAGAGCCUGGGCAUCGCCCCCUGCGCCAUCUCCUGGCUUUUCAAGCUGAUCAAUGAGCGCAAGGAAAAGACGGGCACGCGCUUCUCAGUCCGCGUCUCCGCCGUGGAGAUCUCCGGCAAGGACGAGACGCUCAGUGAUCUGCUGUCUGAGGUCGCCAGUGGCAGUCUGCAAGACGGCCAGUCGCCGGGGAUCUACCUGCGCGAGGACCCCAUCUGCGGCACCCAGCUCCAGAACCAGAGCGAGCUCCGCGCUCCCACUGCCGAGAAGGCCGCCUUCUUCCUGGAUGCAGCCAUCGCCGCGCGCAGCACCAGCCGGCCUGACUGCGACGAGGAGGACCGCCGCAACUCGCACAUGCUCUUCACGCUGCACAUCUACCAGUACCGCAUGGAGAAGAGUGGGAAAGGGGGAAUGUCUGGAGGCCGGAGUCGCCUGCAUCUCAUUGACCUGGGUAGCUGCGAGAAGGUCCUGAGCAAGAGCAGGGAUGGAGGUGGUGGACUGUGCCUGUCACUAAAUGCCCUUGGCAACGUCAUUCUGGCCCUGGCUAACGGGGCUAAGCACGUCCCUUACAGGGACAGCAAGCUGACAAUGUUGCUGAGGGAGUCGCUGGGCAACAUCAACUGCCGCACCACCAUGAUCGCACACAUCUCCGACUCGCCGGCGCAGUACAGCGAGUCGCUCACCACCCUGCAGCUGGCCUCGCGCAUCCACCGCAUGCGGAAGAAGAAGGCCAAGUAUGCGUCGAGCUCCUCCGGUGGGGAGAGCUCCUGUGAGGAAGGCAGAAUCCGCCGGCCGCCGCACCUGAGACCCUUUCAUCCCAGAACGGUUGCACUGGAUCCAGACCUACCAGUCCUAGUCAGUGACCCGGACUACUCCUCUAGUAGUGAGCAGUCCUGUGAUACUGUCAUCUAUGUGGGACCUGGGGGAGCCGCUCUCUCGGACCGCGAGCUCAGCGACAAUGAAGGUCCACCCGCAUUUGUGCCUAUCAUCCCCUCCCUCAAUAGGAAGCGCACCAAGGACGGUGUUGUGGACCGGGACCACUUCAAAUGCAACACAUUUGCAGAGCUUCAGGAGCGUCUGGAGUGUAUCGACGGCAGUGAAGAGCCAACUGCUUUCCCUGCGGAAGGCAAGGGCUCUCAGACUGGGCCCAAGUUAGACAAUGGAGCCGCUAAAGCUAAAGACAAUGCUGCAGUGCCUCCAAGGACCUCCUACCCGGAGAACAACUCACCUAGGCAGUCCCCUCAGUGUACAUCAGCUAAUCUGACUUGCAGCCCUCCAUUCAAGUCCACAGCAGAACAUUCCAAGUGGUCAACAUCUGCUUCUGAUGGGGGUGUUGUGGAAAGUCUGAGUCGAACAAGUGCGGAUGGGGAGAAGGUGCUCGCGUCAGAUGGACGAGAAGUCACAUCUAAGUAUGUUAGCACCACGUCUCAGGACUCUGAACCGGUGGUGCGGGAGAAGGUCUAUGUCAACAAGAGGCCCCUCCCCAAACCCGCGCCUCCUCCUCCCCAACAGAGAGAGCCUAGGACACUUUAUCCCGAGUCAGAGGGAAGCUCUGAAAUGAGGAUGCCACCAGUAGGAAUGAGUCACCAAGCACUGAAGCGAAGGGAGCCUGGGAACUCCCCGGUCCUUGGAAGACCCAACCCCAUGAGUAGGUCCCCCAUGGAGGUGAGCCACCUGCGCUCUACCAUUAGGGGAAGAUGCUUCGACAGGGAUAUCUUGAGGACUACAGUCACCCUGCAGCAGCCUGUGGAGCUCAAUGGAGAGGAUGAGCUGGUGUUCACUGUGGUGGAGGAGCUAUCCAUAGGCAGUAUCAUAGACAAUGGGAGGCCCUCAAGCAUCAUUAGCUUCAACAGUGACUGCUCCCUCCAAGCCUUGGCUUCGGGCUCUCGGCCAGUUAGCAUCAUCAGCAGCAUCAAUGAUGAGUUUGAUGCUUACAUGUCCCAGGAAGGUGCGUCCGGUAUAAACACUGACAUAGUGCCAGAGGAAGUGUUUGACUGCCCUGGAAGUAGGUGUUCUUCCAUCAGUUCCUGGCUCACCGAAGUGAGUGUGGGUACACUUGAGGGUGAAGGCACUCCUUCUGCAGAUAGGUUUUUGCAGCAGCCUAAGCACAUUGGUCCAGAGGGUACCUUCUAUUUGGAUUCCCUUGGCAUGUUCCACAAGGAGCCAUUUACCCCUCAGGAUGUCAAGAGCUCCUUGAAUGACAGUGGCUUUUGCUUCUCUGAGAUGGACAGUGACAGUGUCACAUCCAGCAAACUCUCGCUGAGCAUAACAAGGUGUCCGUCAUCGCCGGAGUCCAUAAAAGUGGCCACAAGAAUUUCUAAAGAGACAAAAGCGAAUACUCUUAACAGUUCGCAGCCAUCGCAGAUCCCUCAAGGAGUUCACUCCAGUCUUCCCAAAAAAAUUAAACCUACCUCAUCUGCUCCCCAGAGCAGCAGUAGUCGUGAACUGCAGAGGCAGGAAGGCAAGCAAGAAGACCCCUGGCUACGCAUCGAUAAUCCGUCAGACUCUCGAGCCAGUGACUCCAGUUCUGCAGGGAAGUUCUCUAGGAAUGCCACAAGCAGCAUACCCUCCAGGAAGCCUGAUAUGAACAGCAACAGUGUACCUCGACCGCCUAAGACACUUGUGUCUACCUCAUCCCAAAGGGUGGUGGAUGGCUGUGAGAAAUCUAGUAGCAAGAAAACAGAGACUCUGAGUAAAAUGCCACAGUUUCGACGUGGGGCAACCACUCUGGGCACUGUCCCUGUCAUCCAUAACUCUUCUGAUUCCCGGGGGACCCAAGAUGUCAUGGCUGGAGCUGUUAGUCUGAAGUUUUCUUCAUUGGGGAAAAAGACAAAUGGACAGAAAGGUAGUAUGCUACCAAAGCCUGGUGGCAGCUCUCCUCCUGCUCCACCCGUCCGUAAAUCCAGCCUAGAUCAGAAAAAUCGGAUCUUGUUGCCCCCAAGUGCCUUAAAGUCAGCAGGUAUCGAUGGAGGAAAGUCCCCAGCACCAAGAACAGCUUCAUCAGAAGAUGAGCUUGAGAUGCGGCUCAGAAGUAAUUCCGGCAGCCACAAAACAUCCAGCCUAAAAGUGGACUGCAGCUCAGGCAAAGCAACAUCCAGUCUUAAGACAAGAGGAGGCAAAGGGGACACUGGACAGUGGUAUGGGAGUCAGACAUCCCUAGAAAGAUGUGACAGCUUGUGUUCUGUGGGAUCCAAGCCAGGAUUAUAUAGAGAAAACAGUGGGGCAAGUCUGGGCAGUAGUGGAAAAUCCAGUAGGUCAGUGCCAAGACUUGGGGCUCCGACUGCUGCCUCCACGCCCACUGCAAUUUCUCCGCCUCCUUGUGUCGUGCCAGGGACCCCAGGAAAAGCAGGGAUGUUGAAAGGCAGUGUCAACCCCAAGACUAUGAGUGUCAGUGGGAGUAAGACCCGCUCAAUAUCUUCAAGUAGUUCUAAGGCCUUGAGUUCUUCUACCAAAUCUCUAGUUGCUCCAGCCGCACGCAACACCGGCCUGCCUCCCACAGGGAAGUUGGGGCCUCGUUCUGUCACCGGGGUCAACAGCAAGCCUGGGAGGGGCACCAUCAUGGGAACAAAGCAAGCCAUCCGAGCUGCCAAUAGUCGGGUCAGCGAGCUGGCUUCAGGCGGCCCUGGGAAGCACUUCAGGGGCUCGGCAGACUCAGACAGUGGCAAUGACAGUGGGGUAAACCUCAGUGAUGACAAGUCCACCGCCCUCACACUGCCCUCCCCGUACAGCAAGAUCACUGCUCCGCGGCGGCCGCAGCGGUACAGCAGCGGACAUGGAAGCGAUAACAGUAGUGUUCUCAGUGGGGAGCUGCCCCCUGCCAUGGGUCGCACUGCCCUCUUCUAUCACAGCGGGGGCAGCAGUGGGUAUGAGAGCAUGAUCCGGGACAGUGAGGCCACGGGCAGCGCCUCCUCAGCCCACGAUUCCAUGAGCGAGAGCGGCAUGUCCUCUUCCGGCCGUACCAGGGCAUCCAGAUCCCCCAAGAAAAGGUCGAAUGGUCUCCAGAGGAGACGUUUGAUCCCUGCCCCCCUCCCGGACAGCUCUUCACUGGGGUGGAAGCCCAGCACCACUGGGCAGUGGGUGGACCUGCCCCCGCUGCUGCCCGGCACGCUGAAGGAGCCCUUCGAGAUCAAGGUGUAUGAGAUUGAUGAUGUGGAGCGGCUACAGAGGCGACGGAUGGAGGAUGUGGCCGAGCAACCUUUUCAGGAUGUCGAAAAGGGCCUGCUUUAUUUCAACACCAGGCUGAAGCUAUUGGAGAGGAGGCAGCAGCAGAUCCGGGAGCUGAAGGCCAAGCACGAGAUGCUGAAGGUGGAACUUGAGGACACCAAGCACAGGCUGAUGAUGGAUCCCAACAAGUGGACAGGAGAGUUUGAGGUGGACCAGGAUUUAGACAAGGAGUCGCAGGAGUACCUGGAGGCCCUAGAACAGGCCACAGACGAGCUGGAGUACUAUGUCAACCUGUGCAAGUCACGUAUCAUGAUGGUGACCUGCUUCGACAUUGGGGUGGCAACCGACACGCAAGAAGGAUUACGAGAAGUGGAGGUGUGAGGAGGGAGGUGCACGUGGGGGGGGGGGAGGGGGCGAUAGAAUCUGGAAAGUCGGCAUGGAAGGACGGCGAAGAGUAGCAGCAAGUUGGGCGAGACCGUGACAGCGAGGCGGGAAGUACACGACCCACAAAACUGGAGAUGUGGGAGUUCGGAGAGGAGAAGCGGCACGAAAGAAACCCUCUGUGAAUCUCACAGCAUCGGACAAAUAGGAGGAAAGCAAGACUUUAGCUCUGGCAGAACGGCUUUCACUCAACUGCGAUGAGGAAGAAGGGGCCGCCGUUUUUUUUACCCAAGCCAAAAAGUGCCUUUUUUUACAGACUGAUUUCCAGUGAAUAUUUUUUGUAUGGUGCUAGUGAAAAAAAAAUAAAGCCAGCAUACCUAAGCAAAGCCCUAAGCAUAUUCCUUUUAAGAAAAAGAAACAUAUUUUAUAUUGCAUUGUACAGUGUAUUUAUAUCAUCAUACAGUAUGUAAAAUAUCAUUUUAGGUAAAAAAAAAAUGAAAUAAAAUGAGAGAAAAGAUGAGCAAUAAGGUAAUGUUAUUGCAUCCUAGACGUUGCCUUUCUCAUGUUAAAACCUCAGUCAGCCUGUGCCCUGGUCAUGUAGCCUGCGGACCUUAGGGAUUAUUUGGUUUUUUGUUGUAGUUGUUUUGUUACGUUAUUUUGUUGUUGAGGACUCACUGUUACGAUGCACCUCCUUCGGCCCGGUGGGGGCUGAUUAACCGAACUGUUCCACCUCCCUCCCGUUGCCUUGAUCACGACUUCCCCUGCAGGCCCAUAGACCGCCAAUGGCCAGUUCAGUGAGAUUGUGGAGGAGAUUGUGUGAGUUAGGGGCGAUCCAGUGAAACGGCGACUUGCCCGUGGCAGCCCAGUCAUCUGCCGGAAGGAGCCGCUUAGGUCAGAAACUGAAGCUACCCUGAGAAAUUUACCCCGCGUGCAUGUUUGUCUGCAGCGGUUAAGUGGACAUUGGCACGGCAACAGGCCAGGGCUUCUAGCGGUGCUGAUGCUGAACGGGCAGGUGCUCUAUGCAUACCGCCACACUCGCCACAGGAGCUUCACCCUUCGUGUAUGGAGCUUAAAGGUGCCCACAGUCCUAAUGUCUGCUGCAGACUUUGCAGUCUCACUCUAAGCCAGGGGUUUGAGUACUCUCUUAAUUCUCUUUCUGUUCCACUUGUCACAAAUGCUGGGUUCUCGUAGACACUGCUGAAGUAAGUAAACUGGUUCCAGAUCAGUUCUGUCAAUGGUUUCAGCCACGGAAAUGCCCUAUGAUGCUGGUGCCACGGACUAGGAGAACAAACCGCACUUCGGCCCAGUGUAGCUGCCAGUGUGAGUCUCUGUUCAGUCCUCUGCUUCAGCCAUUGAAGCCCAUUUUGGGUUUUCAGAGGCAGAAACAAACAAGCUCUGGCUCAUUUAACUGUUUUGGGUUUACGACUCUGAGACCUCUGUUGUUCUUUUUUAAAAAUAUAUUCUCAGGUCCUUUUCUGAAGAUGCUGCAUGAUAUUUUUAUUCAUUGUUUUGUAUUAUCCAUAUUUUGCCUUUACUGUUAUUUUGUAAUAAAUCCCUGAGAAGAAUGCAGUUAGUUACAAGAACUGACUAUUGCCAAACAGAAACAUUUUUAUGAAAGGUAAUGACAGUAUAUGUAUGGUUACAUUUCAUAUCAAAACCUAUUUUCUAAUGUCUCUGGUUUUGUACAGGGAUUCCGGAUACUGUGUAUAGAUGUAUAGUAUGCCAGCCUGCGUUGACUUUUACUUGUGAAUAAAAGAUGUCCCUUCUUAA